AACAGUUGCCCUGGUGAGGACGAAGCGCCAUAGCCACGGUAGCCCUGGCGACAAGAGCCCAGCAACAAGAAUCAACAACAACAACAACUGAAUCCGCCAUAAAAAUAAAAGAAGACAGUUUACCGGCGGGAAAUACACACGUGGAACCAGAGGCUGAUUCCCAGCUCUUGUUAUGGCCACCUCAGGCUACGUAGGUGAGAUCCAGCCAGCAGCCCAACCCCAGGGGGCUGGUGUUACCGUCACACCGGGGCAACCUGAUGCCAGCUCAACGCCUCCAACCGCCACUCAGUUUCUAGCUGAGAUUCAGACUACUGUGGCCACUCCCACUGUUGUCACACCCACAGGUCAAACUACUCCUACUGAUCAAGCCACCUCCAUCACCACUCAGAAGCCUGCAGCUGGUAGUCAAGCCCAGUCCACAGCACAGGCACCGCCAGCUCAGACACAAUAUGUGACUGCAGAGAUCCAGGGCUCUCCCACACAGUCUGGAAAUGCUCAAAGCACUCCUCAGUACAUCGUUGUCACAGUCACAGAGGGCUCCCUUCAUUCAAGUGACAGUGUGUCAGACUCCAGCCCCCCUCCAGCUGUGGUGCAGACAGGGGUUCCCACACAGGUUGUUCAGCAGGUACAGGCGGCUCAGCAGAGGUCCGUGGUGCAGGCCACCUCUCAGAUAGCCAAGACUGAGCCAGGCACCCAGCUCAGUGUCACCAGUCUACAGCCUGUUCAUAUCAGCCCAGAGCUCUUCCCUAGCACCGAGGUGACAGCGUUAGUCAGGGAUAACAAUCUAGAAGAAUGGCAGCUGCAUCAUGAGAUAAGAAAGCCAGAGUGCCCGGCCUGGGCAUCAGCAGGCCACAUACAAGAAUGUUGCGGCAAUCCCCUCUACCUCCCCUUGGACCUCCUUCAGUAUUACCAAUCACUGUACUUGCUCUCUGUACAUGCGGACAAAGAGAUAGGAGACCAACCUCAUCAGCCACCACUGCAGGCUACAACUGACAUUUUCCAAGUCCAGCAGCAGCUCACACCAGUGCCAGUGCAACAUGUGUACACCAAUCAAGUGCAGUAUGUGGAAGGAGGAGACAACAACUACACCACCAGCACCAUUCGUUCCAGCGCCUUCCCUUACACUGACACACCCCUGUACACCCAGACCACUGCUGCCCAGUAUUAUGAAGGUCAGCCAACCUCAGGCUCACAGGCCUCCACCCCUGGUACGCCUCUAACGGUCUCUGUGACUGCUGGCACAACAGGGGGUGUGUCCAUGUUUGUGGCCCAGCCCACCAGUGCAGCAGGGGGAGGGGCCACUGUGGUGACCACUGCUGGCACCACCAAUGGGGCAGGGGAAGGGGCAGGCACCAACGGUGGCGCAGCAGGCAGCUAUGUGAUCCAGGGGGGUUACAUGCUGGGCAGCAGCAGUGGAGGGACAGCUGGCAACAGUCAGAACUACUCACACACCGCCCGCGCUUCCCCAGCCACUGUGAGUAUUACAGAGGGCGAGGAGAGUAGCGUGCCGUCGGCAGACAAGAAGGUACAGUGGUUGCUGGACAACUAUGAGACAGCUGAAGGAGUGAGUCUGCCACGUUCCACCCUCUACUGCCACUAUCUGCUGCACUGCCAGGAGCAGAAACUAGAGCCUGUUAAUGCUGCCUCCUUCGGGAAACUCAUUAGAUCUGUGUUCAUGGGGCUACGCACACGGCGCCUUGGCACACGGGGUAAUUCUAAAUACCACUACUACGGGCUGAGGAUCAAGGCAGGCUCUUCUCUUCUCCGCCUGAUGGAAGACCAGCAACAUCUGGCCAUGAGGCAGCAGCCCUUCUCACAGAAACAGAGGUUGAAGCCUGUGCAUAAAGUAGAGGGAAUGACCAAUGGCACAGCAUCAGGAGCAGGCCAGCAGCAGCAGCAGCAGGGGUCAGGGCAGGUGGACAUCAGCACCCAGGUUCAGCAGUACCAGCAGUUCCUAGAUGCAUCCAGAGCUCUUCCAGAGUUCCCAGACAUCGACCUCCAGGGGAAGUCUCUGCCAGAGGGCAUUGAGCUGGAGCACAUAAAGAGCUUUCAGCUGCUGUACAGAGAACACUGUGAGGCCAUACUAGAUGUGAUGGUCAACCUGCAGUUUACCCUGGUUGAAACUCUGUGGAAGACCUUCUGGAGGUUCAGCCAGAGUCAGGCCGGAGAUGCCACGCUAGCUGUCCAUGAUGAGUCAGAGAAGCGUCUCCCUAAGUCCUGCCUGGUGUUGCUGUGCAAGUAUGAGCCAGUGCUGCGCUGGAGUCGUGACUGUGACAACAGCCUGUACCAGGGCCUGGUGGAGAUCCUCAUCCCUGAUGUCCUAAGGCCCAUCCCCAGUGCCUUAACUCAAGCCAUCCGCAAUUUUGCCAAAAGCCUGGAGAGCUGGCUGACCAAUGCCAUGAUGAACAUCCCUGAGGAAAUGGUCCGCAUUAAGGUAACAUCAGCCAAUGCAUUUGCCCAGACACUGCGUCGCUAUACCAGUCUGAACCACCUCGCCCAGGCAGCACGCGCUGUCCUCCAGAACACAGCCCAGAUCAAUCAGAUGCUCUCCGACCUCAACCGUGUCGACUUUGCAAACGUCCAGGAGCAGGCUUCAUGGGUGUGCCGGUGUGAAGACCGCGUUGUCCAGCGACUGGAGCAGGACUUCAAGCUGACCCUCCAGCAGCAGAACUCCCUGGAGCAGUGGGCCGCGUGGCUGGAUGGUGUGGUCUCCCAGGUCCUAAAGCCCUACCAGCAAAGCCCUGCCUUCCCUAAGGCUGCCAAGCUCUUCCUGCUCAAGUGGUCCUUUUACAGUUCCAUGGUGAUCAGGGACCUGACCCUGAGGAGUGCAGCCAGUUUUGGUUCCUUUCACCUGAUCCGCCUGCUGUACGAUGAGUACAUGUACUACCUGAUAGAGCACAGAGUGGCCCAGGCUAAAGGAGAGACCCCCAUUGCUGUCAUGGGAGAGUUUGCCAGUUUAGGCCGGGGUCUAAGCCAGCUGGAUCCUGACAAAGAAGAGGAAGAGGAAGAGGAAGAGGAGAGUGAUGAUGAAGGUCAGGAGCUGUCCCUUCCCUCAGACGGAGGUGUGCUAGGGGAGGAGUCUCUGGAGCCUCCUGCCAAGCUGGCCAGAACUGAUCAGAGGGUCCUCUUCACAACCGGAUCAGCUGACAACUAAUCACAAUUACUGUACUAGAUGUGGGUUGCUUGUAUUGAUCACACACACACACACACGCACGCGCGCACACACACACACACACACACACAGAUGAAAAGAACACUCAUUUAUACACUUGACACAUGUACAUAGAUCUUUUACAUGUGUGUGCAAACACUCACUGCACACUGUAACUGUCCCACUUGAUUCCCACACACAAUCAAAACACAUACUCGUUCAGUACUGCUGCUGCCUGGACUGGAUGACACAAUUGCCUGUUGGCCCCAUUGGUUUAAUACACGGUCAUUGCUGUUGCAAUAUGAUGUGGCUCCAGAAACCUUCUCAAUGCAAAGAGAAACACAAAGCAUUUUAACCCUCAGUUGUGUUGAUCUGUAAAAAUGAACUAAAGCAGGCAUGUUUUUUUUUUUUCUUU